AUCGAGCCAGUGAGUGGUCCGGUGGAAGGGGUGUGCUGGUGACCAUCCAUGGGUCUAACCUGGGGAUGCACUACCAGGACAUCCAGGGAGGAGUGACUGUAGCUGGGGUCAGCUGUCUGCCUCAGCCCCAUGGAUACCUCAUCUCUACCAGGAUAGUGUGUGAGCUCCAGCCCAGUAAACAGGAGACAGAGGGGCCAGUCAUCGUUACCGUGGGAGACUCAGAACCAGGACAGUCACUGCAGACAUUCACCUACCAGGACCCCCAGUUGACUGGUAUAGUCCCUGAUAAGGGCCCUGUAUCAGGAGGCACCAGCAUGACAGUCCAGGGGACUCGGCUACUAACGGGACAGAGGAAGGACCUGACUGCAUACGUGGGACAACAACCCUGCUACAUUGUUGAGGAGGUGAAUGGGACUCACCUGGUAUGCAGGACCAGCCCCAGUAACCAGACAGCAGAGCUGACAGUGAGGGUGUUGUUUGGGAAGGCAGAGAGGAGUGUACCUGGGCAGGUGUUUCACUACAUGGAGGACCCUGCCAUCACCGCAGCAUCGCCUGCUGAGAGCUUCUACGAGGGUGGGCGUAAUAUAAAGGUGAGUGGGCGUAACCUGGACGUGGUGCAACAGCCAAUGAUCUCCGUGCGGUUGGAGCACAUGGUGGAGAACAUCCUGGUCAUGAGAAGGAGGAGAUACGCCAGACUGUUGGCCAAGAACCACCUACUAGUCUUCAACAGCACCGUGUCAAAGAAGCAGGAGCGUUGUAUGGUGGUCUCGCCCUUUGAGAUGACCUGUGUGACCCCGAGUGUGACCCAUGACUCCAAGGUCUUGGGGGUGUGGUUUGAGCUGGACAACGUUAAGGUGUCGUUUGAGAGCGUCGCGGGGAAGACGUUCUCUUACUACCCCAACCCCGAGCUGUUCGCCUGA